CCUCCAGCCAUAGCAAGUCGCAUUCGCAACACAUGCGCCAUCGCAAUGCUGUGCAAAAGCUGCAACGACCUUGCAAAUUCACGGAGUAAAGAAGCCGAGCGACAUCCCGAACAGGCUGACGGGCCAUCGUCGAGCCGCGUUCUCAUUCACCACGCGACGUGGGCCUCAUUUGAGGAUGCCGUCGCUGCGGGCUGUCACCUGUGUAUCUCGAUACAUGAGGAGCUUGUGGCAGAGCGUCUGAUUCCUGACAGUCAACCCGAUACGGCGCCGUUAUAUGUGCAGGCUCACGCGCCGACAACCAUGCCGAGUGGCUACCUUGAUUUCUCGCCAUCCAUAGUCUGUCGAACCGGUGCUAGUUUUUACAUGUUGAAAAACCAAGGCGAUGAGCACGUGGGGUCUCUACGUCUGGUUGAGGACGAUAUAGCCCCGGAAGAUAGAGCCCUGAUCAUGACAAGAAUAUGGCUUGACGAUUGCCUUUCGAACCACAAAGAUUAUUGCGGAAAAGAUACGAGCGGCUUCGUUCCAACGAGACUUCUCGAUCUUGAGAGUUCCGACAAUGACGAGGUGCGACUGUCAACGUCUGUUCCCGCCCAUGAGAAGUACGCCACUCUCAGUCAUUGCUGGGGCAAAUCCCAGAUUCUCACGUUGCAACGGGCCAACAUAGAAUCUUUUCGAGCCGGCAUACAAGUAGGAACGCUACCCAAGACCUUCCGCGAUACUAUUUCUAUUCUCAAGAGACUUGGACUGCGCUAUCUCUGGAUUGAUUCGUUGUGUAUAAUCCAAGACUCGGUCGACGACUGGCGAAAAGAGUCCAUCACCAUGGCCGAAGUCUAUCGCAAUGGCGUCAUAAACAUUGCCGCCACAGCUGCCUCCGGCGGAGAUGAAGGGCUCUACUUUGAUCCCGAUCCAAUACAUUCAAGGCAUCUUCGGAUAUCCUUCACGCAACCCAUCCACGGCGACCCCUCAGAAGAAGAGACCAUCGGAGAAGCACCAUUGAAUACACGCGGUUGGGUGCUGCAGGAGCGACUCUUCUCCCCGCGGGUUGUUCACUUUUCCAGACAUCAGCUAUUUUGGCAGUGCGGCAUGGACUACCGGAUAGGACAAUUUGCUAUGGCAAAAGAGGAGAAGGAUCCGUUCAUGCUCGAAGAGGCGUACCUUCCCUGGGAGGAAGUCGUGACGACGUACACGGCGCAGCACUUGACGAAAGGCGAGGACAAGCUCAUUGCGGUACAGGCUUUGGCGAAAGCCAUGGAGGAGGCGGUGGACGAUUGUUAUGUCGCAGGACUAUGGGAGAGCCGGCUGGUCGAGGACCUGUUGUGGGCUUGUUCGGCAACGGGUGAGAGAGCGUGGUACUCGCGGCAAACAACGUGGCGCGCCCCUACGUGGAGCUGGGCUUCGAUUGAUGGC